UCUUUCGUGGAGAUUUAGUCCAAACCCCAAUGCGGUCUGAACAAACUGCCCAGGGCCGUCAUACGAGAGAGCCGUCGCGCACAGGACCGUCAUAUUAACAAUGAAGGAGAGGAGAAUCAGCCAGCCUUUGGUAAUGCGUUGUAAACUGGUUUUAGUAGGAGACGUGCAGUGCGGGAAAACUGCAAUGUUGCAAGUCUUGGCCAAAGACUGUUAUCCCGAGACAUACGUGCCGACAGUGUUUGAGAACUACACAGCUGGACUGGAAUUAGAGGAGCAGCGCGUGGAGCUCAGUUUAUGGGACACGUCAGGUUCACCGUAUUAUGAUAAUGUCAGGCCUCUCUGCUACAGCGAUGCGGAUGCUGUGCUGCUCUGCUUCGAUAUAAGUCGGCCUGACACUGUCGAAAGCUCUCUGAAAAAGUGGAAAGCAGAAAUCAUGGAUUUCUGUCCCAGCACUCGAAUAAUCCUUGUGGGCUGCAAGACGGACCUGCGUACAGAUGUUUGCACACUGAUGGAGCUGUCCAAUCAGAGACUGACACCCAUCUCCCAUGAGCAGGGCACCCUGUUGGCGAAGCAGGUAGGAGCAGAAGUGUACCUGGAGUGCUCUGCGUUCACAUCGGAGAAAAGCAUCCACAGUGUGUUUCGCUCAGCAUCGCUCACGUGCCUAAACAAACUGCAGCCGCCCAUAAAGCAAAGCCCCACUCGCCGGCUCUCCAAACGCCUCCUCCAUCUGCCCAGCAAGGCUGAGCUCCUGACCUCCUCCUUCAGCAAGGAGAGAACCAAGAGCUGUACCAUCAUGUGAGCCCCACAUGCGCCGCUCUAACUCUAUUAAAAUGCGUUUCCGCUCUUCGAGAGGGUUGGUUGGGGCGGGGUCGAGAGGUGGGGAGGUCAUGACCUUUCAUGACCCCUCCCUCUCUCUACACUUAUGUUGUUCUUCUUCCAUUCUGAAACACCCCACCUGCAAACACACUCAUCCCUACGACAGAGAGCUGCCGCCAUUGUUUAAGGUUACACAUCCUAUCGCUAACGUAUUGAUUGGUUUCCCUUUACCAGCAUAUGGCUUCAUAUGAACUGUCAAUCAAUCAAUCAAACUAAAGGAGGACAUGCAGUGUGUAUUGGACACUGUUGGACAUUUUUGUGCGUAGUCUUAUUUGUUAGUGGGAAUAAGUGGGAAUGUGGGUUGAGUUGUGAACGUAAUUUAAUAUUUAAUAAUGGAAGAGGAUGUGUUUCUGUUUCACAGUACGCACUUUAGGGAAUGUGGAUGUGAUUGGAAAGCGAGUCGAUGGCUGUUUUCAGGUUGGCGAUAGUUGCAAAGCAAAAUUCUGUAUUGAAAGAGAAGAGUUCUUGAUGAAAUCUCUGGCACUAAACUGGGAUGAAGCAAUUUGUUAGAUGUCAUGCAGGCAUGAAGGAGGGGAGGAGCCAAAACAAGAUUUGAUGUCCUCCUGAAAAUGGCAGACAGUGUUAUAAGUCUGCUAGAUGAAGCAUCCAAUCACAUUUGUACAAUCCAGAUGUAUUGGACAUGCUGACACACUCUUUCAUUCUCUCUCUCUUUCUCCCUCUCUCUCUCUUUCUUUAUUGUAGCUCUUUAUGCCCCUAGAGAAUGGGUGAUAAAUCUCAGCUGAUGAGGAGAAGCCCAGCAGUGGCCGGGCCAUUUCUCAGUAUAGGAAGUAGGUAUUGCUACAAAAAAAAAAAAACCUUCCAGAUGUUCCAGGUUUUUUUUUUUUUUUUUUUAGAAAGCAAGAUCUUUCGCUGAAGUAAUUUUAGAGAUGGGCUUGGAAGGUCAUGAGGGAUUACUAGGGACACUGCUGUCCACCAGAACUGAUCAACGUUGCAUAAGUGAGAAAACAGUGAGCAGUGAUCUUAAAUUCUGACCUCAAUGCCUAAUUCUCAGUAAUAAUAAAGAGCUGAUUUUGCAUCAUGCGGAUAAGCUAUUGAUUAGUCUAUGUGCUGGGUAUUAGACUGCAUCAGAAUAUCAGUGACUCUGAUGUAUUUGUUUGGAUCAUUGGCACAGAGCACUCUCCUCUCAUCAUAAACCUCACUCUGCUAAUCUCUGGCUGAAAUCCCACAACCAUUGGUUGUGUAAUGCGUACAAACAACUAAAUCCUGACUUUAGGCUUAUAAAUGGCCAAGUAAAAAUGAACUGAAAAGACUCUGAAUCUGACCACAAAAUGGAGAAUAAUUGACUGCACUCCUCUGUAUUAGUCUGUAAAUUACAUGCUAAUGUCUCCUUUGAUUAAAUAUAUGGCUGCAAUAUCAUCACAAUUCUUGGACUGACGUAUCACGAGAGGAAAAAGAAUUUAAUUUAAGCUGCAUUACAUUGGGAAAUGAACAUGCUGUCGUUUCUAGAUAGUUUUGUGAAGAGACUGUACAUAUAAACUAGCCCAGCCCUAAAGGGAUACCUCACCCAAACAUGAACUUUUUCUCACCAUUCACUCAACUUAAGAUAUUCUAAACUUUUAUUGAUUUCUUUCUUCUGUUGAACACAAGAUAUUUAGACAAAUGUUGGAAAACAGCAGCCAUUGACAUCCAUCCAAAAUCUAUGGAAGUCAAUGGCUGCUGCUUUCCAACAUUCUUUAGAAUAUUUGUUUGUGUUCAAAUCAAGCAGAUUUGGAACAAGUGAAGGGAGAGUAAAUGAUGACAGACAUUUCAUGGGUGAGCUCUCCCUUUAACUGCGCCUCUGAAAAUUACUAUAUAAUUUACUUUACGAAUUCUCACUCUGGCUCAUCUCAACCAACUUGGGAGUUUUGACCUGCAUCACUUCAUGCUACAUGCACUAAUCACCAAUUCAACACCGUUGCUUAGCAACAGACCAGUCAGUUAAGCUGGGCUACAUGUCCGAAAACCACUCAAGAGAAGCCGAGAGAGAAAAAGAGUGUAAACAAAGUGAAAAUAAGGAAGUUUUCUCACUGUAGCAUUACUAAUGGCUUUUUCACGGCUAUAGUUUUAGUUCAACAUAUGAGACAUUUUACCGACCAUCAUCUUGAUAUGAAUUUGUUACUGUUGUCUGGUUUAGUAGCACUCUUAUAUGUUAUAUGUCCGAUGUGGUGGACCUCCACGAUCUUCCUUUUGUUACUCAAGUCUGGACGUACAUAUGUUGUGCAUAAUCAGUUUUGUACAGCCCUUUAAAUGCUGUCUGUGAAGCUAACAAUCUCAAAACAGACUGUAUGAUUGUGUGUAAUGUAAUGUGUUAUUAACUUAUUAAUGGUUGAUUAUUGCUGGUUCUGUUUUAUUAUUUAGUUUAAGACAAUCUAUUUUAUAUUGACUAUUGUUUGUGAAUUAUUUCUUUCCUUUGUCUCUGAUGUCAUGUGUUGCUCUUAAAUGAAUUAAAACCUGAAUUUGGUCUGUAAA